CAAUAAUAUUAACAUUAUUAAUAUAGCGGUUCAGAUGAGACCGUCCCCGAGGUUCUAGAACCUUGGAAGUGUUUUCUGACGCCUGUUUACGGGUCAGUCUGCCCACUGUAAAUCCUCCCCAAGGCACCGGCAGGGUUUGGUUGGGUAGCACGGGUACUUUUACCUGCCACAUUCCUAAUAUAAUAUUCAAUUCAUAUAUUUACCGACUGCACUCAUUUAUGGUUUUAAUUUUCUGCUGACAUAAACGAGUUGAUAGCUAAAGUUUGAACUAAUUAUUAAAUCUGUUUGGGAUUAUAAACUAGUUCAAUCUUACAACGAAAAUAUUCUCAUCUAUAAAAGACAAGCGGUUACUUAAACUUCCUGCAGGUGUUCCAUGGUCACAUUUACCCCCCUGGUGAUUUAGACCCACACGCUCAACCAUCACUGCAACACCAGGAAGUAAACAGGAAGUAGCUGUUGGUGUGGAUCAAUAACAGAGCGGGACUGAUGUGUGAUCGGCUCUUGUCUCAGUGUCUCCACCACCGGAGGACAUCUUUGUCAUUGAAGUCUUUCAGUUAGCAGCUUCCUCAGUGAUGGAGUCUCUGCUGGUUGGUCUGAUCCUCUCUUUCAGCAGUUUCCGGUGGGAGCCGCACGCCGCCGCCGCGUUGCCAGCCUCCCCCGUGCGGGUGAGGGUCGGGGAGGACGCCGCCCUGCGGUGCCCCCUGCUGGACGCCUCCACCAACGCCUCCUCCACCAACGCCUCCUCCACCCUCAGCUGGUACCGGACAGCGGCAGGACGCCGCCCGGAGCUGCUGCUGGCCUUCAGGUCCACAAACGCCUCCGACGUGAAGUACGGCGCCGCCGUGGGCCCGGGGAAGGUCUCCGCUGGAGCCGACGGCUCGCUGCUGCUGCUCGACGCCACAUGGAGCGACUCGGCAGUUUAUUACUGCGCCGUGACCCCGUGACCCGGGGAGGAGAGUAGAAGAAGAAGAAACGACGCCAUGCGGUUUCAUCCGAGUCGGAUGGAUCUUCAGUCUGUUGUACUUUCACUGUCUGUCGGUUUAGAGUUUGUUUCACAACAACAGGAAGAAAGACUGUUAAAGUGAUAAAUGGAAACACCUGUAAAAUGUUGAAUAAACAACAACCUCGAUGACCUCAC